UUUCCUUUAUGCUAAAUGAAAAGCUUUGAUUUCACAGGAUGUGGGUAUUGUUUCUGAGUGUUAUUAUCUCAAUACUGUUGCCUUCCUUCUCUGCCAUUGACUGUAAAAUGAGCGCUUCUGUCACAACAGAUAUGGAAGUGAAGCUGAAAGCAUUUGAGUGUCACUUUACAUGGGGAAUAGAAAAGGAUGACAUCAAGGACCGGGAGAGCCUCCCUGAAAAACUUCUGGAUCGCAUCAUGAAGUUCAGCACUCUGAACCAUGCCAUAUAUUUCAACUUACUAGCCUUUCUGAGCCACCUGGAGGAAAACAAUGUUAGUGCUCUUGAGUAUCUCCACAAGGCUGAGAGUGCAUUGAAGAAUAGACAGGAUGAUACAGAGUUACUGGUAACCUAUGCUAACUUUGCAUGGGUUCACUAUCACUCAGGGAACAUGAAUGAUGUGGAUGCCUACAUUGGAAAGCUGGAAAACAUCAAUAAGGGUGUUACGACUGCUAUUCAAGGCAGCUUACCUUCAAUACAUGGUGAGAAGGCUUGGAGUUUUCUAAGGCUUGGGGGGCUAUUUUAUUUGGGGGCAAAGGAGAGCUUUCAGAAAGCUCUUAAGGGAGAACCAGACAAUGCAUCCUUCAACGUGGGCUAUGCCAUGGUCCUGUACAGGUUGGAGGGAUUAGCCAUGGAUGGAACAGAGAGGUUGGCGCAUACUGAAGGUGCUACUCAGCUAAGGAAAGCCUUAUCCUUAGAGCCAGAUAACACUGAAAUCAUGGUCCUACUAGCUGUGCAGCUUCAAAACCAAAGUCGACAUGAGUCCAUGAAACUCAUCAAAGAGGCCCUCAGACUGUCUCCUGACGUGCCUCACGUCACAUAUUACUUGGCCGAGUAUUGCAGGCAUGCGGACAUCAAUGAGACCCUGGAGGUUUUGGAGGAAGCUGUCAAACUGUCUGUAAACUCCCCCUUCAUGCAUUACCAAAUCGGCCUGUGUCACAAACAGCAGUUCAACCAGAUGUCUGAGCAGAAGAGGGAAGGGAGUUGGAUCAAAGCACGCCAGAUAAAAGAGAAGAUGGAGCUCUGCAUCCAUCACUUCUCCAGAGCUGUGGAACUGAAGCCAUCCAACUUCCAAUUCAGAUUGAAACUGGCUGAGGCUUACGGAGACAACUACCAGCUGGAGGAGGCGAUGAAGAUCUUCACCAACCUGCUGAAAGAUGAGUCCCUUAGUGACUCAGACAAGCAGCAAUGCCACUCCUGUUUCGGACGGUUUCUGUACUACGCUAAGAAAGACGUGUAUGGUGCUGUGACCCAGUUCAAAAAGGGCUACCAGAUUCCGAUUGAGAGUUGGCACAGGAAUAAGGCUAGGAAGAUACUGAUGCAGAUAGCAGAGUGGUGUCAGACUAAAAAGAAGACAGUUGGUGAUGCCUCUGAGAUUUUGGAAUUCCUCGCAAUUGAAGACAAAAAAGGCAGGAAUGCUGAAGAGCCAAGGAGAGUCGAGGUGCACUCUUCAGACACAGAUGACCUUACAGAUGCCCUAGGCAAAGGAAUGAAACUGAAAUGAUAUAGGGGAGACCAGUGAUGGUUGUCACAGUGCUAAUUACUCCCAAUUGAAAUGGCGCUGUGUAAUAAUUGGAAGGUUAAAAUGUAUGAAUUUGAAAGAACUCAUCCACCUGGUCAUCAUAUGUCAGCAUGACAAAACAUUGUGGUGAGAUGAAUGUGUUUUUCAUAGGUAAAAGUAAAAAAAAAAUGUAUGACAUUUUCUUUGUAAAUGUUUGAAUUAUCAGAGUAUCCAUGAACAAUGAUGUUUGUUGAAAAAAGGAAAGGGAGAGAUAUUUAAAUUCCUAGGUCAAGCCAUGUGGUAACUGACAUCUUAAUUAGCAUUGGGGGGUGGUGUAGUUGGGGAUGGUUGUCACAUGGAAUACGGGGUUGGUUGUCACUUUCAACAUUGCCAACCCCGGUAUACAAUAAAUUGCAAGCUAUUUUGUUCUUGUGAUAUAAAGAGCUCCCUUCGUUGCUUUUCUCUCAAACACACAUGUUUUCUGUCACACACCCACACACGCAUGUGCAAGCACACACACGCAUGUGCACACACACACACCCACACACGCAUGUGCAAGCACACACACCCACACACGCAUGUGCAAGCACACACACACACAGACGCAUGUGCCAGCACACACACACACAAAUUCACUGAAAAUGUCGCGUGUUAUCCUCACUGCAUAAAAUGCUGAAUUUUGUUAGAAAUAUUGUUCGAUCAAGUAAAGGAAUAAGCUACAAGCAAAUAUUGUGACACCCAACCCCAUACUGUGUGACAUCCAAACCCGCAAUGGGACUGGUUGUCACAAGUGGACAGAGUGUGUUUGAUGGCUUUUAACUCCAUGUUGGGAUAAGAUAAGAGGAUAAAAAAAGGUCCCCAUUUCAACCCUUGACCUUGGUCUUUCUCCUAACAUUGAAAAGAGUCUUGUAAGAUAUACUGGUGCUGAGAAAUACACAUAUUGUUACACAACACAUGGCUUAUUGGAGUACUGCUACAUGCAUUUUAAAUGGUUUUAAUCAUAAAGUGUAACAGUAACUUCAAGUUGCGUGCAUUUUUCUUAUGUUCGAUUUUUUUGUGUAAAAUUGCAACAUUUAUUUUUUUUAAAUUAGAAUGUAUUACUUUAGGAAAACAUGUUUUUAUGUCUUUGGAUGUGUCUCCUUUCAGGUAGUUGAUUAGAUAUCUUCACCGACCGUUCAACUGUUGUUGCUCUUGUAACUGACAUUAACAUUGUGAAAGAGAUAAUAAAACAUUCUGCCAUAAACGUGA